UCUGGCAAAUGGAAGUCAUGUUACUGUCAGACAGAAAUAGAAGUGAGGCUACAUUUACACUCUUGGGCUUCUCAGAUUACCCGGAACUGCAAGUCCCACUCUUCUUGAUUUUUCUGGCCAUCUACAGUGUCACUGUGGUGGGGAAUCUUGGGAUGAUUGUAAUAAUCAAAAUUAACCCCAAACUGCACACCCCCAUGUACUUUUUCCUCAGCCACCUCUCCUUUGUGGAUUUCUGCUACUCCUCCAUCAUUGCUCCCAAGACCCUGGUAAACCUAGUCGUCACAGACAGAACCAUUUCAUUUUUAGGAUGUGUAGUCCAGUUCUUUUUCUUUUGUAUCUUUGUGGUAACUGAGUCCUUUUUAUUAGCUGUGAUGGCCUAUGAUCGCUUUGUGGCCAUCUGCAGUCCCCUGCUCUACACGGUUGCCAUGUCACAGAAACUCUGUGCCUUGCUGGUGGUUGGAUCAUACGUGUGGGGAGUAGCAUGUUCCUUGAUACUAACAUGCUCUGCUUUAAAGUUGUCUUUUCACGGUUUCAACACAAUCAAUCACUUCUUCUGUGAGUUCUCCUCACUGCUCUCCCUCUCUUGCUCUGAUACUUACAUCAAUCAGUUGCUGCUUUUCAUUUUUGCUACUUUUAAUGAAGUGAGUACAUUGCUCAUCAUUCUCAUGUCUUAUGUGUUCAUCGUUAUCACCAUUCUCAAGAUGCAUUCAGCCAGAGGGCGACGCAAAGCCUUCUCCACCUGUGCCUCCCACCUGACCGCCAUCACCAUCUUCCAUGGCACCAUCCUCUUCCUCUACUGUGUGCCCAACUCCAAAAACUCCAGGCACACAGUCAAAGUGGCCUCUGUGUUUUACACACUGGUGAUCCCCAUGUUGAACCCUCUGAUCUACAGUCUGAGAAAUAAGGAUGUCAAGGAUACAGUCAGAAAGAUAAUGGACACUAAAGCCUUUUCUUACUGAGCAUGUUAUUUUACUAG